AUGCAAAUAUUUCAGAAAACUAAACAUUCUGCAAGCAAUUCACUGCAAUUAAAUAAUCAAAAUACAACAUUAGCUGCAGCUUCAUUAACAUUAACAAAUGAUAUUACUAUUGCUUCGCCUAAAUCACCACCAUCAGUGAUAAAUGCAAAUACUAGCAACACAACUGCAAAUUUACAAAGUGGUCGAAUAGAUCCAUUAUCAGAUUUAACUCAUCAGUUGAACAAAGUAACCGAAGAUCGUGACAAAUGGAAAAAUAAUUACUUAGAAUUGGAAAAAAAGUAUGAUGAAUUACAGAAUGUAUCGAUAUCUUUUGGUGAAAAAUUGUUUGGACGUCUUAAAUGGGAUAAAAAAAACAUCAAAAUUAGUUUACAAAAUUUUAUUCGUGGUGAACGUGCAAAUUUGAAGCGUGAUCAACAUAAAAAUGAUCUUAAUGAAGCAAAUCCUGAUCAUAGUGGUUCGAUGGUAGCUGAAGUAGUUCCAGAACAUAUUGAAAAUCAACUUGAUUCGGAAAGUAACAUUAGCUCUUUAAAUGAACAGAGAUUUCAAGAUCAUGGUCAAAUGAAUGUAGAAGAUUUUUAUAAGACUAAUGACAAAGAUCAAUGUUCUCUUCAAUUUGAUCAUGAUAAUACUUUUUAUGAUACAGUUAUCAAUGAAACACUCUAUGAUUUUGAAAAAAAUAAAUUUGCUUCAAGUGAAGAAAUUAAUAAUGAAGCGACAGAAUUUAUGUUUUCAACAGAUGAAGAAGAAAUUUCAGAUGAAGAAGUUAUAGAUCAAACUGAAACAGAUACAAUUUUUCAAAAAGAUAAAUAUGAUAAUGAACAAGAGUAUGGUUACACUUACCUUAUUACAAAAAAAAUUCUUGAGCGAGACAUUUUUUAUUUUUAUUCUAUAAAUGAUAGUUUGCAUUAUCAAUUCCAGCGAGAACAUGAUGAGAUUGAUAUCUCUGUUUGUUUAUUAACCUUGAAAACGAAACAUAAUUUAACAUUAGAAUGUUUAAAUGACAUUAGAAAAUUACUUAUUUCAUUAAAAGUAAAGAAUGUACCAUCAUCAAUUUAUCGUGUUUGUAAAUUGAUUAAUACAACAAGUAAAUCAACAACAACUACGACAUCUUCGACACGCGUCAUCUCAUCGAUGAUUAUUUGUCAAAAAUGUGAACGUGUUUCGUUAUCAAAAGUAUCUUGUUCACAUGCUGAUUGCGACAAUCACAUAAAAUAUGAAAUUAAUCCUUAUAAUUAUAUUUGUCUUGAUAUUCAUCACCAAUUACAACAAAUAUUUUAUAAUGAAGAACAUAUUAACUACUUUACAUCUAAUAAUGAACCAUGUAUUAAUUCUAUGCGUGAUGUUUAUGAUGGUGAAGUUUAUCGUUCGUUGUUAGGAAAAGUUGAAACAAACGAAAUAAAUUUUAUAAUAACGUUAAUGAUGAACAUUGAUGGUAUUGCCAUCGGAAAUGCUACUCAAGAAUCAUUAUGGAUAAUAACCUGUACAAUUAAUGAAAUAAAAAGACAAGAACGAUUUAAAGUUCAUAAUGCUAUUAUUGCUGGAAUUUGUUCGUGUUUUAAAAAACCUACACGUACAAUAAUGGGACUUUUAUUAAAACCAAUUGUUGAACAAUUAAUACAAUUAGAAAAACAUCAUCUAUUUCAAAUGAAGGCAUAUCAUAAUGAGUAUAAAUUGAUUCGGACAUAUUUAAUUGGUGUUUGUAAUGAUAAACCCGCUAAUAGUUUAGUUCAAAAUGCGCCUGAGCCCAUUGCGAAAUUUGGUUGUACUACAUGCGAAAUACCCGGGGAAACUGUACUGUCAAAUUCAGAUGAACAAAUAUCACAUAAUAAAACAUCCUCAACAAAUAAAAAAAAAAGAAUAGAUACACAUAAAAUUCGUGUUUUUCCUACAAGUGAAGAUGAUCAAAUAAAGUUGCGUUCCACAGUAAGAUGUGAACUAAUUCUUGGUCAAUUAGCGAAAGUACAGCAUCAUGAUUAUCCUGUAACAAGUGAAGAAAAAUCAAAUUUACAAUUAGGUUAUCUUGGAAAAUGUCUUUUAACAGAACUAUCUUACUUUGAUCAUGGACAUUCAUUCUUGAUGGACACAUUACAUACAAUCUACCAUGGUGCAUUUGUAAGUACUCAUCUUCCAUCAAGAGUUAAAAGACUUCUUAAAUUUUGGUUUCAUUCGAAAUAUCGGACCCAACAGUGGUCCAUUCGCCAACAUUUAAAUCAUAUUGAAACUGAAUUGCAACAAUUUCGUUUUCCAUCAACAACAACGAGGAUGCCGCGAACAAUUAUGAAAUAUCAUCGAUUAAAAGCAAAUGAAUUACGAGUACUUUUAUUAAUAACAUAUCCGAUAUUUAAAAAUUAUUUAAAACCAAUAUAUUAUAAACAUUUGCAACUGUUGUCAUUUGCAUUACACAUUGGUGAAUCAAGAGAAAUUACUUCGUCGAAACUGAAUGAAGUGAAAAUUCUGUUAGACAAAUUUGUUUUUACAUUUCAUUUUUUGUAUGGUAAACGUCAUGCUGUUAAUACAGUUCAUUCAGUCGUACAUUUUCAUCAAACAGUCAAAUAUUAUGGACCACUAACAAACUAUAGCACGUUUAACUAUGAAUCAUUGAUUGGUAAUCUUAGUUUGCAGCUAAUAAAUAACUUCACUAUUCUUCUUAUAUUAGGUCAUCUUGCAGCAACAAUUAAUGGAACAAAACAUUUACCACGUGAAAUCGAAAAUAACAUAGAAUUAAUUAAAAAUUCGGCAUUUUUAGGUGAUACGUAUUGUAUGUCCUCAUCAUUAUAUCCAUUAAUAUCACAAAUUCAAGGUUAUAAAACAAAACUAUCAGUAACAUCAAAUAGUUAUCAAUUACAGAAACCAACAUCCAUUAUUCAUAAGAACGACAAGCAUGAGCUGUUCUUGAAAUUUGGCAAAGAAUUAUCAUUAUAUAAUAAAUGCAAUAUAAAAGGUGUUACAUUUACAACCUUACAUUAUUCAAAAUCGAAACAAUUUCAAGAUUGUGCUGUUCUUUAUAGACGUGAAAACAUACAUUGUUUUGGUCUCAUCAAUAAAAUUAUAUUAAUAACAACAUCAAAUAACGUAUUGUUGCAAAUUUAUCCUUUACAUAAUAACAGAAAAGAUGAGAUAUUAUUGAAUUUUAACAAACAAAAAAUUUUGUGCGAUAAUGUUGAAUUUGGGACAAUUGAUUUUGAUCAUCAUAUUCAUAUAAAUGUAGAUGAUGUUAUUGAAAAAGUAUGCUACUAUCAAUUCGAAACAAAAUUUAUUUUUAUUCGGUAUCCAACGUUGACUGAGUCUAGUUAG